AGUCGGGGUACUGACAUGUCUGAUUCCUAGGACCUUAGUAUAAGUCCGUGUAUUUGCAUUCUGCGAAGGCGAAGCGUGCUACGGAACUUGCCAGCAUUUGUGUUGUAAACGAUCCACGUACAGAUCCAAAAUAUCACGAUGGAUUCAAGGCUUGUCUACCAUGUAAGUAGCAUUAUACUUGUAAUGCUCACCGUGUUUGCAGACAGCCAGAACUACUGGGACGACACACGACGUGGGAAAAUCCCUGCUUGUCUCACAUCGACAUGUGAUCGAGGUCAAGAUGUUUGCGAGUGCUAUCUGACAAUUGAACACCGUUUGACUAUGAUGCACGAAGAGUCACAAAAGUUGGUUUAUUCAUUGAAGGGUCGUCUGAAAGAGUUUGAUACAGCGUCUACCAUAGAAAACCUAGAUGAACUACCAUUUAUCUUGACGGCAGAUGGAAACAACUCUCGAUUAGUUAUUGCUAUAAAUCGUCGUUUUCCAGGACCAAUGAUCACGGCGUACGAAGACCAGACUGUGAUCGUCCACGUCCGUAACAUGAUGCACACAGAUAGCACAACGAUACACUGGCACGGAAUGCAUCAACAAGGGACCACAUACGCCGACGGAGUAGCUUUCAUUUCUCAAUGCCCUCUAGGACACGGUCAAGAGUUCACUUAUAAAUUCAAGGCUAAACCACAUGGCACCAGCUUUUACCACGCUCACAUCGGCGACCAACGGACAAUGGGGUUGUAUGGAGCUCUCAUUGUUUAUCCUAAACAAGAACUUCCUUCAACAACAAGAGCAGAACACGUGGCUGUGCUGCAAGACUGGAACCACGACGAUGAUGCUGCAACAUUGUAUCAACGCAUGCUGUAUGGUGUCUUUGAUCAAUCGAUACGAUCUCGCUACGAGCCAACUGUUUCUAAUGAUGGAGGAAUGUACAGUAGGUUCUUGUUUCAUUCUGGCCUUGUGAAUGGAAAGGGUCGCUAUCAUAGAAGCGAUCGCACAACCAAUGAAGCGCCCUUGACCCAAUUCGAGGUAAUGAGGGACAAGUGGUACACUUUCAGAGUCAUUAGCGCAGCCACGCUUUACCCCUUUCUUGUUUAUGUGACUGGACAUUCCAAUCUGACGCUUAUAGCAUCUGACGGUUUUGCGAUUCAGGAACUUGUCGUGAAUGCCUUCAUAAUUAACCCUGGAGAAAGAUAUGAUUUCAAGAUAUACACAAACCAGACGGAUAGUAAUUACAUGCUUGUAGCUAAAACCCUCGAAAAAGGUCGAUUUCAUGUAGCCGAAGCUAUAAUCCACUAUAUGAAUGCGAGGAUCAACGUCAACCCAGCAGCCCUACUUGCUGCUGCUGCAUUAAGCUGCUCUCCGAAUUGCAUAUAUUUCAAUUGUCCAUACCAAAGUCUAUCUAAUAAAGAUGGAACCUGUUUGACAUAUAAUGACGCAAGAACAAACGAUUUUAAUUCAAGGCCGGAGGAAGUUGCCACUAUUGAUCAAGAAUUCUUCUUUAAUUUCGCUUUUCCAGGAGAGGAUGGUUUCAGACCUGGUUCAGUAAAUGGUCGUCAAUUCGUACCGCCAGUCUCUCCGCUAUUCUCACAACCUGAAGGCUUAACGACCGCCUGUGCUGCUAACUGUGCUGACAAUAAUUUAUGUACAUGCACAUACACCCAGGAAAUUCUGAAUGGAAAGGUGUACCAGUUCACACUGACCAACCUGGGGAACGGAAAGGGAUGGUCACAUCCGGUACAUUUACACGGACAUUCAUUCUAUGUCAUGAAGAUGGGUUUCGGGAAAUUUGAUUCAAAAGGUGUACUGUAUGAUUCGACGCCAGACAUAUCGUGUAAUAUCGGAUCGAAAGGUUAUUGCAACAAUCCCGUUUGGGCAAACGCGACCUGGAAUGGAGGUAACGUUCCCGGACUAGUCCUAAACCGUACCGCGCAGAAAGACACCAUCAUCGUCCCUACCCACGGUUAUGUCGUCAUCAGGUUCAAGGCCGAUAACCCUGGUGCCUGGUUCUUCCAUUGCCACAUUGACCUCCACAAUACAAACGGAAUGGGGAUGGUGAUCGUCGAAUCACCGAAUAUGUAUCCCAAAAAACCAGAGAAUUUCCCAAUCUGUGGAGACUUUCGAACAAAUAACGAUCCAAUAGCGGCAGUUGAUGCUGGUUCUACCUGGGAAGUUGACUGGAUACUCUGCUGGAUGGCUGUCAUUGGAAUAAUAAAUGAAUUUAUGAUGUAACAAGGAAUUGGAACAGUGUCAAAUUCUGCAUGCUAAUGCAAAAAGGAAAACAAAAAUAAGGAACGGAUUUUCGUAAAAGUCUUUUGCAUGAUCAUCUCCAAAACUAAGAUAAAUUUUGGAUUCGAAUACAUAUAGACUAUAUAUAUAUAUAUAUUGCACGUUAAAAAUUAUAAGAGUUAAUGGUAUAACAAUUUAAUAUUUCAAACACAAGUCUUGCUUAAAUAACAAUCAACAAAAGUCUUAUAAUUAAAAAGGUAAAUGAUGUGCAAUCCUUGCCCAAUCAAUGUAGUAAUCGUUUGAUAAACUUAGUUAUAUGACAGAAGGACACAGACACGGAAAUCCAUCCAAUGAUACGGAGUCCAUCAGCAGGAAUUACGUACGCACACUUUAUUUCAUCUCGUUGUGUCACACGAAAUUUUACUAUCUAUUCAAGAUAAAGCAAGUGACACGACUGAUAAUAUACGUAACCACCAAAACAAACCAAAACUAUAUUUGCCACAACGUCAAAAAUCCCAGAUAUACUAUUAUUAAUGCGUAGGGUUAAUUUUUAUUUUACUAUUGACAUAUUUUUCACACUGUCAAUAUUAAUAUUUCUAAAAGCAAGUGACAUUGUUGAUAAAUAUUUGUUAACAUGCAAGCAAUUCAGAAAACCAUCGUUAUAGGAAUGGCCCUUGAAUGACCGUAUUAUCUGAGGACAAGGUUUGUUUGAUACUUUUUAGCUCACCUGGUUCGAAGGACCAUGGUAAGCUUAUGCCAUACUGCACCGUCCGUCGUCCGU